AUGCCCUUACUUUGUGAAAUAUGUCAUAAAAAUGAAUUUAAGUAUAAGUGUCCCAAAUGCCUUAAGAAAACCUGCUCACUUGCAUGCUCCAAAGAACAUAAAAAAACGGAUGCUUGUGAUGGGAUUGCGCAUGAUCCAACUAAAUACAUUCCACAUGAAAAGCUGAAGGAUGCAGAUGAUGAAAAACAUGAAAGUAAUCCAUUAGUGCAACGGGACUUUAAUUUUUUGAAUUCUCUGAAAAGAACGGUUGAGUUACAGAAGAUGGAUGCAAGGACGAAAAAUAAGAGAGCAUUGAUGAGUAGUACGAAUAACCAUGCAAACAAACGAACAAGAUUUAAUAACUCUAAUGAUGAGUCAGGAUGCCCGAAGGUUAUCAGAAGAGGUGUGACUUGCUUACUACUACCUAAGGGUAUGCAGCGAUCCGCACAAAACAGAAGUAAGUGGGAUAAAAGCUUGGAUCUUUUCGUUUGGUCGAUAGAAUGGUUGUUGUGUCCUCCAAAGAAUCGAGUAGUUCCGCUUCAAGAAGAUGUUCAAGAAGGUGUUCAAAAAGGUGUCCAAGAGGAUUUCGUUCAAUUUGUUUCACAUAGAAUAAAGGAAACGGACUCCAUAGUAGAUGGUAUGAGUAAUGUUGUUUAUGAAAAAUGUUCUAAGUUAUUCAACUUUCCACCAUUAGAAAAGGGAGUUGAAAUGAGGGGUAUUGAUAAGCUAAAAGUCUUGGAGGACCAUAAUAUCAAAUUUUACACCAAAAUAUUUCCGCAAGAAAUGACAGAAUCAAUGGAUUCCAAAAAGUUAAUUUUAUUAGAACCCUCCAAAAAAUGUAUUGGUGAGCUAUUUAGAAACCGAACAGUUAUUGAAUUUCCUACUAUAUUUGUUGCUCAAGAAGAAACUGAUCUCCCGUUAGGGUAUUCGAUUGUUGAGGAACCUCAAUUAUCAGCUGAUAUAGAGUUAACUCCGAUUGAGGAAUCCAAUGCCGUACUCCAACAACGAAAUGUGAGGUACGAGAUGACAAAUAGUGGAUCCAAUAUUGUUUCAGAAGAUGAUAGUCCUCCCAAAGAAGUUCCCUAUAAUGAGGAAGUGCCUACUAUCUCAAAAUCAGAGCCUAAAUCUACCCAAAAAGAAGCUUCGGAUGUAGAGAGUGACUAUGAUCCCGGUGUGAACUUAGAUUUCCUUGCAGAAUAG